AUGAGAAAUUAUCCUUCAAAGAAAUCCCCAUUUGAUUUCAGCGUUGAAGUUAAUAUUUAUAAUUACGCGAAUUUCUUUGGUAAAUUAAAUUUUAUUCAGAAUGUUAAAAAUCUUAAUCUCGAUUUCCCUGAAUUGAUUAAUGAAAAUUUUAUUCCUCCGACAGAACUGAUUCUUCCCAAUGUUGAGUUUUUGGGAAUCCACCAUAGCAAUGAUUUAAUUUUAGGCUACAUUGUUGACCAACUUCCUAAAUGGCCCAAGCUUCAAGAAAUUGAAUCAUCAAUUUGGCUAAGCUUAACCCAUCUUGAAACUGAAGUUACUUUACUAGAUUUAGAUGUUUCACCUAAAUGCUUUAUCCAGGCUUCAAAUCUCAAGCAUAUUAGAUUUUCAGCCAAUACCUUUCUUAAUUCUUCUUCUCUCUUGGGAUUGAACAUAGCUUCAGUCACUUCUUUAAAUCUUGAUACCGGAACAACAAAGCACGAAAAAUUUGAGAAUAACAGAUUAAUAUUGGCCUUGGAACAUAUCGGAGAAUUUAAAAACUUGAAACGGUUAAUUGUUCAUUAUAGUGGAUUAAAAAAUAGGAAACUUCCUCACGCAUUCUUUUAUCCCCAAUUCUGUCAGCUCCGGAAUUAUUAUAAAGAUAACCAAUCGUUAGCCCCAUUGGAACUUAUCACCGAUCUUGCUGAAUCUGGAACUGUUGGCAUCCUUGAUUUCAACCAACACAAAGGAAAUAACUAUAAACAUUUAAGAACACUUUUCUAUAAGGUUUUUUCGAACUCUUUGGAUACAGACCAUGAUAUUACCUCUUUUGUAUCUCAAUUUAAACAAUCAUAUUUUUCGGACGCGGUUCUUUCUUUUGAAAUUGUCACCUUCAUUAUAGAUUUGGCCCUUUUGGAAACACUGACAAAUCAACUUUUCAAGUUACAAUCGAUAAAAUACCUUGCAAUAAACUUUGACAGCGCAGGGUUUGUGUCUCCUGGUCUUCAGCGCCUUAUUAGCCACCACAGCACUAUUGAACAGAUUCUUCUAAAUGUACAUCUAGUUGAUGUUGACUAUGACAUGAAUGGAAGUAUUAUAAAAGAUCCCGGAUAUUACUGUUUGCCUCUAGAUCCUACUCAAGAAAAUAUGUCCGUGGCUUUAUCAGAUGUUGAUUCUGAUGAUUAUGAUUUACCCGAACGUCUUCCUCGACUUGGUGCUCAAGUUUUAAUUGAUUUAAAGGGGAAGCAUAAACUUCACCCCAACGACGAAACAACCUACUCUUCGUUUCCUAUCAACAAUCCCAAUGCAAUUGAAUGUUUAAAUAAGUCUGACAAAAGCCAUCUUUUUGUUUUGCCGCAAAACAUGAACUCGAUGACUAAUUAUGGCGAAUUUGUUGAUUUUGGAAAACUGUCAGGAUGGUUAUAA